AUGGCACACAACACAUCAUACAAACUGGUCUACAUUCUAGCUGUUGCAUGGAUCUUUCAAGCAAUUAGUACCAUAGGCUUCGACUACAUAUCAAAGCUGUUGUACGAAUGGACAGGAUUGCUCUUUGGACAAAGUGGUAAUGCUGCAAAGCUGCAGCAACUCAAGAAACAGAUUCUGGACUUGAAGACCCAACUUGGCAGUAUUAGUGCUCAGAAUCAAUUCGCUAAAUGGGUCAAACUUCAACGACAGCAUGAUAAACUGGUCACAGAGUAUACCGCCAAAGCCAACAAUGUCAAUUUGCACAAAUCAAUGUUCCAAAUGCAAGUAUCGUGGGGUCUUUGGGCACUUUUUUGGAUUCUACAGAUCGGAUUUCUUGUUUCAUGGAGAUCUGAUGCCAUGUUUUAUAUGCCAAAAACCUGGGUUGGACCUUUUUCUAGUUGGCUUUCUUUUCCAUUUGCUCCAGCAGGUUAG